AUGAAGUCUCCAGCGGCAGAUCGACCCUGCAAAAGAAGGAUGCUGUGGAUUAUUCUUCUAAGCACAAUUGCCGUAGCAUGGACUACCCCCAUUCCCUUGAUAGAGGACUCGGAGGAAAUAGAAGAACCUUGCUUUGAUCCUUGCUACUGUGAAGUCAGAGAGAGCCUUUUUCAUAUACACUGCGACAACAAGGGAUUUAUAAAUAUUAGUCAGAUAACGGAGUCAUGGUCCAGACCUUUCAAACUUUACCUGCAGAGAAACUCCAUGAGGAGAUUAUACACCAACAGUUUUCUCCACUUGAACAAUGCUGUUUCUAUUAACCUUGGGAACAACGCACUACAAGACAUUCAGACGGGAGCCUUUAACGGGCUUAAAAUUUUGAAGAGGUUGUACCUGCACGAGAAUAAAUUAGACAUUUUUCGAAACGAUACUUUCCUGGGCUUGGAGAGUCUGGAAUAUCUGCAGGCAGAUUACAAUGUCAUUAAGCGGAUUGAAAGCGGGGCAUUCCGCAACCUGAGCAAGCUGCGGGUCCUGAUCUUGAAUGACAACCUUAUUCCCAUGCUUCCCACCAAUUUAUUUAAGUCUGUGUCUUUAACUCACUUGGACUUGCGUGGAAACAGGUUGAAAGUGCUCUCUUACCGAGGCAUGUUAGACCACAUUGGCAGGAGCCUGAUGGAGAUCCAGUUGGAAGAGAACCCUUGGAACUGUACUUGCGAGAUUGUUCAGCUCAAGAGCUGGCUGGAACGCAUACCUUACACUGCCCUUGUGGGAGACAUCACCUGUGAGACCCCUUUCCAUUUCCAUGGUAAGGACCUGAGGGAAAUUAAAAGGAGCAAACUCUGCCCUUUGCUGUCUGACUCAGAGUUGGUCAGCGCUGGUGUCCCUCAGCUGCCCUCAAGCAAGGAGAAUGCAUGGCCUACUAAACCUUCUUCCAUGUUGUCCUCCUUCCAUUUCACUGCUUCCUCUGUUGAGUACAAAACCUCCAUUAAGCAGCCCAAACCUACCAAACAGCCCAGGGCUCACAAGCCACCCCCCACACCUCGAGGCCUGUAUCCUGCACCCAACCAGCCUCCUAUCGCUGGGUACCAGACAAGGCCUCCUAUUCCUAUCAUAUGCCCUACCGGCUGCUCUUGCAGCUUGCACAUCAAUGAUUUGGGGCUCACAGUCAAUUGCAAAGAAAGAGGGUUCCACAAUAUUUCUGAGCUCCUGCCCAGGCCGGUCAAUGCCAAGAAACUGUACCUAAGUGGAAAUUUGAUACAGAAAAUUUACCGUUCUGAUUUCUGGAAUUUCUCCUCCUUGGAUCUCCUGCACCUUGGGAACAAUCGGAUCUCCUACGUGCAGGAUGGGGCCUUUAUUAAUCUGCCCAACUUGAAGAGCCUGUACCUGAAUGGCAAUGACAUCGAGAGGUUGACCCCAGGCAUGUUUCGGGGCUUGCAGAGCUUGCAUUACCUGUACUUCGAGUACAACCAGAUCAGGGAGAUCCAGCCUGCCGCCUUCAGUCUCAUGCCCAACCUGAAGCUGCUCUUCCUCAACGACAAUCUCCUGAGGACCCUGCCCACCGAUGCCUUUGCCGGCACCUCCCUGGCUAGGCUUAACCUACGGAACAACAAAUUCCUCUCCUUGCCUGUGGCGGGUGUGCUGGAGCACCUCAAUGCCAUCGUGCAGAUUGACCUGAAGCUCAACCCGUGGGAUUGCACGUGUGACCUGGUGCCACUCAAGCAGUGGAUUGAGACCAUCAGCUCAGUCAUCGUGCUGGGGGAUGUGCUUUGCGCCAGCCCCGAGAACCUCACCAACCGAGAGAUCCGCUCCGUGGAGCUGGAGGUGCUGUGCCCCGAAAUGUUGCAUGCUGCCGCCGCCUCGCCAGCCCCACCAGCAUGGGGCCACAGCCAUCCCAGUCCCACCAGUCCCUCGCCGUACGAGCUCCCACCAGCCGGAGGAGGCCCAGUGCCCCUCUCUGUGCUCAUCCUCAGCCUCCUCAUAUUGUUCUUCUCUGCAGUCUUCAUCGCUGCAGGCCUGUUUGCCUUUGUCCUCCGCCGACGGCGCAAGAAGCUACCUUUCCGGAACAAGCAGCGGCAGGAGGCCCUCGACCUGACCGGCAUCCAGAUGCAAUGCCACCAUCUCUUCGAGGAGGGUGGAGGCGGAGGAGGUGGGGGCAUCAGUGCCUCCCCAGAGAAGGCCCCCCCAGUGGGCCACGUCUAUGACUACAUCCCACACCCCGUGACUCAGAUGUGCAACAACCCCAUCUACAAGCCACGUGAGGAGGACGACGUGGUGGCCGGGGAGCCUGGGCAGCCGGGGGACAUCAUUUUGGGAGGAGGAGGUGGUAGCUGUGCGGGGGAACAGUUUGCCGAUCCUGCUGCCAAGGACAGCGGGAACAGUAGCUGCUACAGGACCUUGCUGGAGAAGGAGAAGGAGUGGAGCCUGGCCGUGUCCAGCUCGCAGCUCAACACCAUAGUGACCACCAACCAUCACCCGCACCCCCACCCUCCUGGAGGGGGCAUGGGUGGGGGCUUGCCUCUCAUGGGGGAGAUAGCACUGGUGCCACCGGUCUUCCACCCGGAGAAGAAUGGUGGGGUGGUGCUCUUCCCCCCUGGCGGUGCCGUUCUAGACAGCAGGGAGAGGCCGCCUUUAGCCUCUCCGUGUACAGUGGGCUUUGUGGACUGCCUCUACGGCACAGUGCCCAAAUUAAAGGAACUGCACGUUCACCCUCCUGGCAUGCAAUACCCAGACCUGCAGCAGGACGCCAGGCUGAAAGAAACCCUCCUCUUCUCAGCUGGUAAGGGCUUCCCAGACCACCACCAAACCCCCCAAAGUGAAUACCUCGAGUUAAGGGCCAAACUCCAAACCAAGCCGGAUUACCUCGAAGUCCUGGAGAAGACCACUUAUAGGUUUUGA